AUGGGCUGCAUACAGAGCAUCGCCUGUAAGUCGCGCAUCAAACGCGAAAACAUAGCGGUCUACGACGUUUCCGCCGCUAUCGAUCACUCCCCAACAAUCAUUGAGGAGAACUCUCCUAUAGUGUUGCGCUACAAGACGCCCUAUUUCAAGGCCUCUGCACGGAUAGUGAUGCCCCCUAUUCCCCGUAAUGAGACUUGGGUGGUGGGUUGGAUCCAGGCAUGCACACAGAUGGAAUUCUACAACACCUACAACGACAUUGGCAUGUGAGUUGAGUUCUCCUCCUGUCUUGCAUUCCUCCAUCAGAAGGCUGCUGACUGAUGCUCGCAAGCUGCUCCCACCUCCCUCUGAUGCUCUGUCCCAAACUGUCACUUCUCUGGUGCUGUAGGAAGUGUGUGUGUGUGUGUUUUGUGUGGCAACAGAAAUGACAUGAAUGUGUGGAUAUGUGUGAGUGCAUAUGUAGCAGAGCAUUUGUGCAAAAAGCAGGUUACCUAUGCUGUCACCCUCCUUCAUUCAAACGCCCACCAAUUGAUUCUGUUCCAAUUGAUUCUGUUCCUGUGACUUCACCAUCAAAAUAGAAAUGACUGAGAAGCUAAACAACUGCUCUUAGACAUACAUUGUGUUCACAGAAAUGAGGGAGAGAGAGAUGGAGAAAUGCACUGACACACUCCCACGCUCCCUUCUCUCCCGGAGACAGAAUCACACAACCACUCACACACCCACUGAGGAGCAACACAUACUGCCUCCUCCAGCACUGCCUGGGGGUGUUUUUCUCUGGAGGAGGAGGAGGCAUAUGUGAGGGGUUGUUUAAUCCUGACUGGGGGUGGGGGUGGGGGGUCUGGGGGUGCAGCAGAAAAACAUGGGGUAUCAGGUCGCACCAGCCGACACCCUCUCAUUGGCCAACAAACACAAUAAGAUAUUAAUCCACUGACACACUGAACCAUCUAUCACACAUACGCUACAGUAUGGACCCCUGAGGUGAAAUAGAGAUAUAAAUGCUAAUUCCAUUUAUCCAAUUUUUUUAAUGAAUUUGUAUGGCUUACUCUGUUCUUUUUGAGAAUGUCUAACACAGAGGCUCCCAAAUGUAAUGUGCUGUGUGACACCUAAAGCCUUUUGAAUCUCCUUGUGACCCUACAGUUCAAAACAAUGUUUCCAGCCACAACACAGUGUUAAUCCAUGACCCACUAAGAACAAGUUCCAACCCAUCAUCUAUUAAACUGUAGUUUAACCUCUGACUUUUUGUCCUCCUGCAGGUCUAGCUGGGAGCUACCAGAGCUGCGUGAGGGUUUUGUGAGGGCCAUCAGUGACUCAGACGGGGUGAGCUACCCCUGGUACGGCAACACCACCGAGACGGUCACCUUGGCAGGGCCCACCUCCAAGCCCUUGCGCUUCACCGUCAGCAUGAACGAUAACUUCUACCCCAGUGUGACCUGGGCCGUGCCCAUCAGCGACAGCAACCUGCCCCUGCUCACCCGCAUCAAGAGGGACCAGAGCUUCACCACCUGGCUGGUGGCCCUCAACACGGCCACACGGGAGAAGAUCCUGCUGCAGACGGUCAAGUGGCGCAUGAGGGUGGACAUUCUGGUGGACCCCUCCAUGCCCCUGGGCUCCAGAGCCACCCUGACGGGCCGGACACACCAGGAGCAGCCCCGCGUCCUAACCCACAUGGAGCCCAUCCCCCCCAACGCCUUGGGGAGGCCCAACGCCAAUGACGCCCAGGUGCUGAUGUGGAGGCCCAGGAAGGGCCCACCCCUGGUGGUCAUCCCUCCUAAGUAG